UAAAUAAAUAAAUAAAUGGAGUUUGAUGUUUUUUCCUUAAUGGUUUGUCAUCUCCUUCUCCAGACCAUCGACCAGUUUGAGUUCGACGGCUGUGACAACUGCGACACCUACCUACAGAUGAAAGGCAACCGAGAGAUGGUUUAUGAUUGCACCAGUUCGUCGUUUGAUGGCAUCAUCGCGAUGAUGAGCCCAGAAGACAGCUGGGUCUCGAAGUGGCAGCGGAUCAGUAACUUCAAGCCUGGCGUGUAUGCGGUGUCUGUGACAGGUCGUUUGCCCCAAGGCAUUGUGCGGGAGCUGAAGAGCCGCGGAGUGGCCUACAAGUCUCGGGACACGGCCAUCAAGACCUAAGGAGAUGCCUUCAUCUCUUGGUUGGCUUUCCCCCUUGCGGAGCCGGAUGUAUAUGGAAGCCCUAUGGACGUUGUCUUCCAGGAAUGGCCGCAGCUCUUGCAGGGAGACAUUCCUGUAAAUAUUUUGUUUUUUAAUAAAUAUAUGUGGUUGUGGAAUCAGAAAAGCGCA